CACCGCCUAUAAUAUUUCGUACAAUUAUAGUAUAAAAUGUUCUUUUACAAUAGGUGUUUCAUUCUGGCUGUAGUUUUCUUCUCGUUGAGUUGCAUAAAUUACAUAUCUUUCAAAUAUCGCCAAAUAUGAGAAAUACAAUGCUAGUGUUCGUUAUCUUAGGUUUGGUUGCUUCGGUCAACUGUGUGUGUGACACAAUAGCUGUGGGGUCGUGCGCUGCCACUCUGACGUUAGAGACGACAGCCGCUGUGUUUGAUACAACGCAACUAUGUAGUGCAAAGAGGAAAUAUAAAACUUGUAUAUCAAACGCCGGAUGCAGCAGUGAUGGUUCGGACACAGCGGCAAUAAAUGCUGCCAACCUUCUGAUAAACGAAUCCUGCGGCGGAGCCAUGGUAACCGCUUCAGUUUUUACCAUGAUUCUCACUCUCUUCGCAAUGCUCUUCAAGUGAACAACUUUCUGGUAUGAUUCUGUUUGGCAGUAUGAACUACAUUUUCUAUUCCUGAAGACGGUGAUCAAACAGAAAAAAGUUAAAUUCUAUCAAAAACAUUCUACAAAUACCUAUAAACAUUUUCCGCCAAUAUUUCAAAUAUCGUGUUCUGACUCUGGACUCUUUAACAACCUCUUGUUUUCAUAUUAAAGAUUAAAAAAUGUCUGUGA